CCUUAACUUAGCCUCUAAAACAUAAAAAGAGGAAAAAACGGACAGAAAUCAAGGCAGGUAAGAAAUCCGUGAGAAGUGUCCUGAGAUUCAAUUCAGCUUCAUCGCCGAUUUCAUCGUGGCCGAAGUUGAUUGUGAAAAACUUGCCUUUUUUGGGUAUGGCCACUGAGGCGUUUGUGAAACCUGUGGUACCAAAUGGUCAUGACGGGUACGAGGAUGAUGACGAAGACGAAAUGCCUUUGGUUUUCAAGAGAAACACUAACACAUCAUCUACACCAAACCGUUCAAAGCCUAUGAAUGCUCAGAAAAACUCAGCUUUUGGCUCCACCAAGUCACCACCACCAUUGAGGUCUCCUUUAGCAAGCCCGAAUAGAUCAGCUUCGUCCGCCAGAAGCUCAAUGAUGAGACCGUCGUUACCUUCAUCUUCAUCUGUUCAGCGUUCGACUUUAAAGUCUCCAUUGCGGGAUGAUAGAUCAGUUGUUGCUAAGGAGAGGAACGGUUUGGGAAAAGCUCCAUCUGUGUCCAAAAGUGAUGAUGAAGAUUCAGAGGAUGAUAAGCCCUUGAGUGCCAGGCUUAAAGCGGAUUCUAAUCAGCUUUCCAAACGACCUAGCUCUUCUGGGCGUGGUAGUUCGCAGUUACCUGUACAGAAGAGCAGCAUGAGGCCUCAUGGAGUGAGUGAUAACACUAAAAAGAAAGAUUUGGAUGAGAAAGUUCCCAUGUCCUCAACGGUUCAGACAAAGACCAGUGUGGGUACAUCAAGUAGCAAGCCUGUUAAAAAUAAUGAGCAAAAGAGACCUUUGGUUAACAAUGUCACUCGGAAUGGUUUAAAACCUAAGAUUGAAGGGUAUAGUUCUCUAGCACCUGCUAAGAGACCUCUUGAGAAGGGAAGUUGUUCGAACCAAUCUUCUGUUAAGAGGCUUAAGGUGUCAGAGCCGGCUAGACCGGUGAAAAUUGAGCAAGGUUCACAGAAUGCAGCUACGCCAGAUAGCAAAGGAAAGAAUCUGGCGGUUAACCAAGUAACUGUUAAAGAAGAUGACUCAGAUUGUGAUGAUCAUGUUCCUAUUGCCUCGAGGAUGAAGCCAGAUUCCUCAAAUAAUAAAUCUUCAUCUGUGAAGCCAAAUGCUAGUAGAAUGAUAGCUUCUUCAUCCAGAACGAUAGCCAAGAAGCCCAACAAAUGGGUGAAUGAUUCUAAGUAUUCGAAGUCUUCAAAAUCAUUACCUUCUGGAGAUGGGCAAAAGAAAUGGAAAACACUAGAGCACAAUGGUGUUAUUUUUCCACCUCCAUAUAAUUGUCACGGGGUUAAGAUAUUGUAUCAGGGAAAGCCAGUUGAUUUAACUCCUGAACAAGAAGAGGUUGCCACUAUGUUUGCAGUGAUGAGAGAAACAGAAUAUUACAGCAAACCAAUGUUCAGAGAUAAUUUCUGGAAUGAUUGGCGGAAACUACUUGGAAGGAACCAUGUGAUUAAAAAUUUAGAUGAUUGUGAUUUCAGUCCCAUAUAUGAAUGGUAUAUGCAGGAGAAGGAGAGAAAAAAACAAAUGAAUGCAGAAGAGAAAAGGCUUUUGAAGGAGGAGAAAUUAAAGCUGGAAGAGAAAUACAUGUGGGCUGUUCUUGAUGGCGUCAGGGAGAGGGUUGGAAAUUUCAGGGUUGAACCCCCUGGGUUGUUUCGAGGCAGAGGAGAACAUCCUAAGAUGGGAAAACUGAAAAAGCGGAUUCGUCCUUGUGAUAUUACAAUCAAUAUCGGUAAAGAGGCGCCUGUUCCAGAAUGCCCUAUCCCUGGUGAAAGAUGGAAAGAAGUUAAGCAUGACAAUACUGUCACCUGGCUUGCUUUCUGGAAUGAUCCUAUCAAUCCAAAAGAGUUCAAGUAUGUAUUCUUGGCAGCUAGUAGUGCGUUAAAGGGACUAAGCGACAAGGAGAAGUAUGAGAAAGCGAGGAAGCUUAAGGACCAUAUAGGGCAUAUUAGAGCAGCAUACACCAAAGACUUUAGUAACAAGGAUGUAACAAAGCGACAAAUAGCGGUUGCUACAUAUCUUAUCGAUAAGCUAGCCCUGAGGGCUGGAAAUGAGAAGGACGAUGAUGAGGCAGAUACGGUUGGUUGUUGUACAUUGAAAGUUGGAAACGUGGAUUGCAUUCCUCCAAAUAAGUUAAAGUUUGACUUCCUUGGUAAAGACUCUAUUCAGUAUGUAAACACAGUUGAGGUUGAGCCCCCUGUUUAUAAGGCAAUUGGGCAGUUCCAAGCGGGAAAAUCGAAAACCGAUGAUCUCUUUGAUGAGCUAGAUACUUCAAAACUCAAUGCUCAUCUUAAGGAACUUAUGCCUGGUCUCACAGCCAAAGUCUUUCGUACAUAUAAUGCAUCCAUCACAUUGGAUCAAAUGUUGAGUAAAGAAACCAGAGAUGGAGAGGUUCCUGAAAAAGUGGUGGUGUAUCAGCAAGCAAACAAGGAGGUCGCCAUCAUUUGUAACCAUCAACGUACUGUCUCAAAAUCUCACGGAGCACAAGUCGAGAAGCUGGCUGUGAAAAUAGAAGAACUAAGGGAGCAAAUAAAAGAGCUGGAUAUCGAUCUCGACAGGGCUAUGAAAGGAAGAACGCCAUUAAUGGGCUCUGAUGGGAAGAGAAAGAGAAACUUGACACCGGAAGCGUUAAAGAAGAAGAUAAUGCAAACUAAUAGUAAGAUCGAGAAGAUGGAAAGAGAUAUGCAAACGAAGGAGGAUAUGAAAACCGUCGCAUUGGGCACGUCUAAGAUCAAUUACAUGGAUCCUAGGAUCAGUGUUGCAUGGUGCAAACGACACGAUGUUCCCAUUGAGAAGAUAUUUAACAAGUCUCUUCUGGCUAAGUUUGCUUGGGCAAUGGACGUUGAUCCUGAGUUCAGAUUCUGAUUAAGCGUUCUUUGUGGCCAAUUUUACCUAACCAUUCACUAUACAUAUACAGAGAUAUAGAGAGAGUCAGAGAGUUAAAAAAAAAAGAGUAGAAGAAAGAAACCAAGACCUGUAAAAGAGGUUUCUUCUCUCUUAAUAGUAAACCAACGACUAAUCUGUGGGAUGUUUUAUAGAAAUACAGUUACCAUUUUUUACUCAAUAAUAAGUCAGGUUUACAAUA